AUGUUAUCACAAAUAAUAUCUAAACCAAAUGUUUAUCGUCAAUCAGGACAUGUUUUCUACCGUCAAUUUACAAAUCGUGGACCUUUGUCGUUAUUAAGUUCAACCACUCCUACCACACCUACUACUACUCCUCCACCACCGCCACCUCCAUCUCCACCUCGUUCUUCAUCAUCAGUACAACCUACUUCUUCUACUUCAAGUAGUAUCGCCACUUCAAUUUUCCCUUCAACAACAACAUCAACUAGUACUAUUACCCCACCAACAUUUUUCCAAACCAAACCAUUACCAACCAAUACUAUUAUUAAAUUUGUACCACAAGAAGAAGCUUGGAUAGUAGAAAGAAUGGGUAAGUUCCAUCGUAUUUUGCCUCCUGGAUUAGCUAUUUUAGCCCCUAUAAUUGAUAAAAUCAGUUAUGUUCAAAAUUUAAAAGAAAUGGCAUUAGAAUUACCAUUACAAAAUGCUAUUACAUUAGAUAAUGUGAAAAUUAAAUUAAAUGGAAUAAUAUAUAUUAAAAUCAUUGAUCCAUAUAAAGCAAGUUAUGGAAUUGACGAUUAUAAAUAUUCUAUAUUAAAAUUAAUUGAAUCAAGAUUAAAUUUACAAAUUGGUAAAUUAGAAUUAUCGAAAAUUUUGAAAAAUCGGGAAUUAUUAAAUGAUUUAAUUGUUAAAAUUAUUAAUGAAGCAGCAAUGGAAAAUUGGGGGAUUGAAUGUAUUAGAUUUGAAAUUAAAGAUAUUAUCCCACCACAAAAUGUUGUGGAUAAUUAUAUUGAUAAAUUUAUCAAUUUACAAAAAUAA